AUGUUUCCAUAUAUUUUGAUGCACGUAAAUUUUCUAGAACUGUAUUAUGGUGGAGAAGCUUUGACAAGUUUGGAGUUGCCACAGUCUUAUACAUGCCCCUACUGUUCUCGGAUGGGUUUCACUGACAUAACAUUACAGGAACACGUAGCUGCUGAUCAUCAAGAUACCAAUUUUGAAGUUGUUUGUCCUUUAUGUGCUGCCAUGCCUGGUGGGGAUCCAAAUUUAAUGACUGAUGACUUUGCUGGUCAUUUAACUCUUGAACAUCGUUCGGGUCCAAGAGAUCUGAUAUCAUUCUUGGAUGAACCGGUAGGAACUAGACACACUGUUAGAAGAAUACCACAUAAUACAAGUCAUUCCACAACUCAUGUGGGUAGAGGUGGUACUGCUCUAAGGCCUAGAAGGAGUAACAUGCAUUUUAGCGUUUUCAGUUCUGGAGGACUGUCAUCUUUGUCGCCAUCUUCUCGAGAAUCUGUGGACCCCAUCGCUGAACUUUUAUCACAGUUAUCAGGUGUUCGAAGAUCUGCCAGUAAUACAAACAGUAGCACUCCAACUCAGUUACAGCAAUUGCAGAUGCAAUUGCAACUGGAACGUCAACAAGUCAAUGCUGCUAGACAACAAUUAGAACGCUAUCCAAGAAGACAGACCCAAAACCAAACUCUUAGGGAACCCAGUACUUCGAAUUGUGGUACUUCCACAAUGAUUCCCACCGCUUCUCCUGUACUUGCACCAGCAACUUCUAAUAAUGCUCCUACAGCUCCUGCACAGCAGUCCCAGUUCCUGCUAACAGGUAUGAUAAUUAUUAAUGACAGUUUCCAGUGA